AUGGCAACUCUGAGCAGCGUCCUUACGGUCGCACUCCUGGCCCUCGGCGGCGUCGAUGCGAAGCGCAAGGACAAGGUUUCCUACUCGCGAUACCUUGCACGCGAUUGCAAUGGACAUCCUCUCUCGGGCGACAUCGAUGAUCUCCAGCUGAAAGGCGGAGCCAGCGGAUGCAAACAGAUUGAAGGGCAGGGCGUCCGGUUCCACAUGCACAAGAAAGACAAAUACAACAAGUGGAUCGACGACGUGAACCGUGGACUAUGGGAAUGCGGCGCUACUGUGUAUCGAGGCGUUGACUGCGUCUUGGAGGAUAUCAUCGACCAGGUCUCCCUUCCACAAGCCUUCAACGAAUGCAACCCUCUGCAUGCGGACGCCGGCUCGAUCUCGUUCUGGUGCCGCCCCAACUACGGAUACCAAGGCAUCGCACAGCCACGAGAGAUGGAGCUGCCUGUUACCUCCUACUCUAUCGACAAGUAUGGGAAAGCCCAUCCAUCGAUGUACACGACUGUCAUCAACGCCACCCAGCAUAUAUACAAUCCCCUGCCCGAGUUCACCGGCAUUACUCCUCUAGUCACGGUGACCGCCACCAAAAUCCUAGAAAUUUCCACCAAAGUGAACACUGUCCCACAGGUCGAGACAACGACUACGGUUGCCGUGCCGAAGGUCAAUGCUCGUGCCGAGCCAGCCCCCAAGGUGGCACUUGAGCCACGCGGGAAGCAGUACAAUGUCAAAGGCGUCUGGAUGAGACACCCGUGGGGGCAAUCCGCCAUCUGCUUCAAAUGUUGGACCAGGAAGGAGAUGGAUUUCGGCAAGUUCAAAUGUCGCUCUGGCAACUACGAUAAAUAUGAUGUGCCUUGCCCGCCGGUUCCUAAUACAAUUGCACCGACCACCACCGUGGACAUCACACACACAAGGACCGUGGAAUUCUGGAGAACCGAGGCGGAUCACUUCUCCUUUGCAACUCAGCCCUCAGUAGCAGCUGAGAAGCGCUCGCCGCAUAAGGCUGUUGUCUUUCACAAUCCCUAUUUCCCUGACUUGAAGGUGUGCGCCGACGCCGAGUGGGAGAACUCGGGCAAGCCCAAAGCCGAAGUGCGCCUUCAGAAGAUCAAAUCGUUUGACAAGUGCGCAAAGAAAGACCCCAUGUACAUCGACAUAGGCAUUCCGGAGCAAACUCGCAUUGGCCAUACGUACGUCACCUCGAGCAUCACUCACACAACCCGUCCUGUCUACGCCGGGACGAAUACCGUCACCACGACCAAGACAAUUAUUCAAACUCACCAUCCUUCGAUCACUUUCACCGCGACCAUCACCCAGCCUGUAAGUCCUUCUACAAAGGUCGUUCUUGCUCCUGGGAGCACCACCACUGCAACCAUUGUUCAACCCCUCUUUUCUUUCCCUUACCACCCUUCCCAGUGA